CCACGCACAAGUACGCUUACAGAAACUUACAGGAAGUGAGCAAAACUGGUGAACCCUUUCCCAUGUCACCCAUUUACACUGAAGACACUGUGCACCAAGCUCCAAUGUGGAUCCAAUGCAGACUCUAAGCGCAGACUCAAGGUGGCGAGGACCCGUCCUCAUGUACGCCGACGUUCUGGACGAGUUCGCCCAAAAUCUUGCGGAGAACAUAAUCCUCUCCUCUCUAGAACAAAUGGAAAAGUUGGAACCUGAGGCGCUACAACCUAUUCAAACACCGGAGAUCUUAGCCGAGGAGUUGGCAUCAGCAAUAGUUGAGGUUGCUCUGAGAGACGUCUGCUUGCCUCAAUAUCCACCAUCAGAUGUUGAAAAGAACAAAUGUGAAGAGGCUGAAAAUGGCCCCCCUGUGGACGCAUCCGGAGAAGAAGAGGACCUGUUGGAAAUAGAGAUGAUUUCCUUAAGGGAAUUACAGACUCACAGAAACUCUCAGUCCAACCAUCCACCUCUGUACCAAUCGGGCCUUCCUGCUGUGGGUUCCCUCGACUACCCAGACGCCCCUCCGACCACCCCCCUCCUCCCGGAGCUGGAGCGGAGCAGGAACAGUUUCGCUCGGAAGCUCAAAGGGGGGCUGGCAAAAGUCUUCCUGCCCUCUCCUCCUCCACCGACUCCGAAAGACAAGGAGGACAACUCGGGCGGUGUGAUCAGUGACCCUCAAGUGGAGCUGAUGGAGCAUCUGAUGCAUUCCCUGUCUACCAACGACCUGGCGAGGGACGGCCUGCAGGCGCAUGGAGGCGGCGUGGAGGCUUUCGCAGAGGUUCUGUCGUGUGACGUGUUAAGCUGGGCCUUGAGCGUGAAAAACAAGCGGCAGGGGUCGGAUGAAAGCGACCUUCAUCAGCUGGCUCACCAACUGGCUGAAACAAUCAUCACUUCCUCGCUGGAUAAAGCUAAAUGUGACCUCCCAUCUGACUAGUACUUGUCUGUUAAGGAGUUUUGACGUGAGGUCCUACAAAAAUGUUUCCAGCAGGUAAUAUUUCAUCAUCAGGAGAUAACCCUUUUGGCAUCUUAAUUUAGUAAACAUCCAGAAACAUCCUAAAGAUAUGAGCUACUCUGAAAGGGAUCAAGACAUAUGUAGACUUCUUCCCCUCUUAAAACGUCUCCAGUCAAAUAUAGGGUUAAUGUAAAUGGUACUUCAUUAACUUGUUCAGAGUGUUAUCACUGUAUCUGCAGUAGGUGUCUACUUGCAGAGAAGCCAGUGAUUAUUUGAAAAAGAAAUAUAGGUCGGAGGCAGUACGCCACCAGUGUUCUUCCAUUGUGAAACCACCUGAACUCUUUCCAGUCAGAGUAACCACACAAGACAUGUAAAAGCAGAAAUCUUCUCAGGGUGCAUGUAAACCGCGACGAAUUUAUUUUUACAAAAAUGUACUUUUCUAAUCUAUUUGUUUUGUUUUCCCACGAUCAAAAAAAAAAAAACCAAAACAAAACUCAAAUGUUUUGUUUUUGAUACGUUUCACAAAGGAAGAUGUUUGGUCGCGCACUGUUUCCUGCCUUCAUCUGUUUGAUGCCAAUGACUUCACGCUGUGAACAUGACCACAAGCUCACAAAAUAGCAUCGACAUAAACUGUUGCAGCAUUUUUCACGACUGGAAUUGCUUUAAGACGAUAAACUCUGUGUUGACCUUGGGCCCGUUCUGGCUAGCUUGUAGCUUUAGCCCAGGGGACAAGCUACUGUAAUCUGGAUUUGUAUAAAACAAAAUGCCAGGAUUUAUCUACUGCAGAACAGAUAAGUGCUGCUCCUACCUAACCUGUAAAAGGAACUGUUCCUUUUAGUUUGUUUUCUGUCAUAUUGUUAAGUCUUCUGACUUCCUUUUUUGGGCCCGUGAAUGUAUUUCUAAAUAAAGCUAGUUUCUCUCAAAGCUAAUGCGCUAAUCGCUAUAUUUGUGGCUUUGUCUUACUGAGCCCAAAUAAUGGUGCCAGUCCAAACCAGAUGUAGUACUUUGGUGUAGCUCAUGUAGCCACAGGGAUCCAGCACCUAUUGCAGUAUAUCCCCUUUAGAUGGCAGCAGAGGAGAAAAGUUCUGGCAUGUUUUCAGCCUGAUCCAAAAAGGAUCAGCUGUAUGGAUACAAAGCUUUCUUUUCUUAAAAAAAAGCAAACAAUUGUCUUAAUUUGAAUGUGUUUCAUGUAUCUAAAAUAAUUUAAAAUGUUUUACAUUUCUUUCGCUGGACAGUUCUAUAUUAGUUGGGUUCAUAAGAAAAAGUAGAGCUGCAUGUGACACAUUGGAGAAAUAUUUAUUCCACCAAGCAUGGCACAUAGUCUGAAUUAUUUUUAUGGUCAAGGCUGGGUGCCCUCCUCACAUUCUGCUUUUACAACUUAUAUUGUAUGUGUUAGUAUUUAAAAUUUUGUCUUAAGCCAAUUUUGAUGUACAGUCUUGGUCAGGAAGUUUUUGUGAAAAAGACCAUUUCAGUGUUUUUAGGUUGAAUAAAGGGUGAAAUGGAUUGAAAAUUUAUUAAACAAACAGAUUGUAAA